AUGCCGCGCACGAAGAAAACUGGCGGUCCGUCGCUCCAGAUCGAUGUCGCCUCACCACCAUCCUGGACGUUUAUCGCUGGAGAUACCGUCAUUGGGACCGUGUUUAGUCGGUCAGCCAUUGUUGCGCCAGAAGCCACCGUCACAAUAACCCUAUUUGGGCGUGUUAAAACCAAAAUCACCGUUAGAAAAAGCACUGGGAAUGGAUCUCGUACUGAACACUAUCGGGGCCGAUGGCUUCUCGUAGGCAGCGAGACCAGGCAAGUCCUCCACCGGGGCCCGGUGCACCUCGCUACAGGAAGCAGUGAUCCUCUCUCUUGGCCUUUCUCGAUUACAAUUCCUACAAGGCCAGUUGAUUCACUCGCGCGGCAAAGUGCUGGAGCGAAGAGCUUCCUCCCACUGAACAACAUUGCCGAUCAUCUCUUGCCUGGAACCUUCUACUCCAUCAGUGACGGUUGGGGAAGUAAGAAAUCCGAGGCUUUUGUAGAAUACUAUCUCGAAUCGGUGUUUCGUUACAGCCGUGGUAACUCAUCCGAGAGCCAUACGGCCACGUUCCCUCUAAAUCUGCAGCAUCCUUCGGCGACAAUAUCCCCUGUUCCCGAGCUUCAGCAAACCACGUUCCAGCUAGUAGUGCAGACUCAGCGACUAUUACCAGGAAUGAAGGAUGAAGAGUUAACAUUCAAGCAAAAGACACAAAAAUUCUUCCAUUCCUCCAAAGUUCCCACAUUUGGGUACAUUAUCGAACUUCACUCGGCCCGUGUCAUCCAGCUUGAAGACCCUUCUCCGAUCCCGUUGGUGAUACGAUUCUCCCCGAACACAGCAAUAACUAGCCCCAGUAUUCAAGAUACCAUGCAGAUAAUUCGACUGGAUUGGGUCCGGAUGACCCUCAAAUCCACCACUUCUGUCAUUGCACCAGGAAACUGGAGUAACAGCAAUACCCACGACCAUGCCCACUCGUCUGAGCACGACCUCGGCUUGCCCUGGAUUUUUGGAAAUCUUAAAAACCCCGUCGUAUUUGAGUCGGCUAAGGGAAGCCAAGAGGUUGAUGUCGGCAAACUUCUUCAGCUUGUUCUCCAUCCGACUGCGCUGCGUGCAGGAAACCGCCCGCAAGUCUCUGGACGAACCAUUUCCCCUGAUUUCGUCACAUAUAGCAUCAAACAUGAGCACUCGAUAGAGUGGCAAUUUUUAUUUACUGUCGCGGAUGAGACGAACAAAAAGAAGACAACUACAUCGGUUAGAAUAGUACCACCAAUUCGAAAUGACCCCAAUCCGCCUGAAUACUCCAAAAAGGAGUAA